AUGGCAUUCGAUAGGUGGGAGGAAAUAUCGAAUUUGAAGUUUGAAAAUGUGCAAAACCCUUACAGGAAAAAGCCUGAUAUUACCAUAACUGUUAUUCGAAAAAAUCACAAUUUCCGAGCAGACUGCCAAGGCACUUCCAAGUGUCCACAUAAUUUCGACGGCCCUGGAAAAGUUUUAGCUCAUGCAUAUUUCCCAAAUGAAAACAACAAAUGUGUCGAGAUUCAUCUUGAUGCAGAAGAAAAAUGGUAUCUUGGAAAUAGUACUUCUCCUGAUGGCCAAACUAAUUUAUUGAUGGUCCUGAUUCACGAAAUUGGCCAUGCUCUUGGGCUGGGCCACAGUGGCGUCAAUACAGCUAUUAUGUAUCCUUGGUAUCAAGCAAGUCCAGCAUCAUUCGAUAUAGAUGAUAAGAGGGCGAUAGAAUAUUUGUAUGGGCAGAAAACUGAAAACUAUCAACCAACAACAACCUCAACAACACAGACAACCGAAUCCCAAAAACCAAUAUCCCAGCACACCUCUACCACAGCUUCAUCAGUGUCGUCAAAUGAGCCCCAUAACGUAGACGUUACUAGCACAACCUCAAAGCCUCAGAUAACUCCAACAAGAUUAUGCGACAUUCAAGUGCCAGACUUUAUGUUUCUAGCCACAGCACCCCAGUUUCAAAAUUAUCGCAUUGUGAAGGUUGUCGAGAGAGCGAAUACUGCUUUGCAAGGAUCUCCUCAGACUCAAAGUAUUGCUAAGAUAACGAUAGAAAGCAUCAAUUUGAAAGUGCCACAUCUCACACCCAACGAUGACAUAAAGUUGCAGUUGUUGACACGUAUCAAAGCAGAUGAGUCUAUGAUGAUACCGUUUCGCCGAUGGGAAUUGCACGAGCUACCAGCACUCACACAAGGAUCUACCAUAGAAAUCUGGUCCGUCAAGACAUGUUCUGCAUUGGACAGUCCAAGAUAUGUUAUAGUAUUUUUCCAAACGAAAAAAGCCGAUAAUUUGCAUGAAGACGUCACCUUGUUCGAUAAUGCCAACAUCAAAUCCAUACGAUUGGCUCUGAAUAGCGACUAUUAUCCGCAAGAACGAAUGCUAUUGGACUUUUCCCGAGACCAAUAUGCUGACGCCCACUUCAACUAUACAGAGUUCAACAAGAGCUACCAUAACUGUCAAGAAAAGCGCUCUCUAGUAAACUUUGCCGAAUUCAAAUCCCGACCAAUGUUUGUUAUCGAUUGCUCGAGGCGCCAUCUGGGUCUAAAGUCGUCCACAGUUGACAUAAAGCGCGAUCUGAAGACUUCUGAAGACAUCUGA